AAAUCCCAAGAUAAAGAGGCAGGUUUUAAUUCUCUCCUUAAAUCUCCUCUCCCUUCAUCAGUUUUAAAAAAAUCCUUGUCGCUCCUCCCCCUUCCUCGAUCUCCCGACGAGAUUGUCCUCGCUCGCCGUCGCACCGGAUCGCCGCCGGAACGUUUCCUCGACCAGGCAAGAUGAACAGGAAGCCAGGAGACUGGGACUGCAGGUCGUGCCAGCACCUCAACUUCAGUCGCCGGGACCUAUGCCAGCGCUGCGGUGAGCCACGUAGUGCCGCUGACCGUGGCAGCGUCGGUGGUGCUCUUGGUGGUGACUACGCCAACUUUGGCGGCCGUGGCGGGGGUGGUUCCUCAUUUGGUGCCGGCUUUGGUGCCGGCUCUGACGUCCGCCCGGGUGACUGGUACUGCACCUGUGGAGCGCACAACUUCGCCAGCCGCUCCAGCUGCUUCAAGUGUGCUGCUUUCAAGGAGGAAGCUGCCGUCAAUGGUGGCGCUGGUGGCUUUGAUGGUGACAUGUCACGCUCAAGGGGCUUUGGCUUUGGCGCUGUCGGUGGCAUGGGUGGCGGCAUGGGAGCCGGCGCAGCCGGUGGUCGUGCCAGUCGCCCUGGCUGGAAGUCUGGCGACUGGAUUUGCACCAGGUCUGGAUGCAACGAGCACAACUUCGCCAGCAGGCAGGAGUGCUUCAGGUGCAACGCGCCGAGGGACUCCGGUAGCGCCACACCAUACGAAAAUUUCUUGCACUGAGGUGUAGGAAGCCCGUGACGGCGGCGACGAGCAGAAGCAGAGUGUCCGUGUCCUCGUCAUCAUCAUAAGAAGAAGAAAGUGGAAUGCAAAGAAAUCCUCCUCGAGUGCAUGCUUACUAGUUUUGUCUCUUCCCGUUUUAGAUUUGGUUGUCAUUUCCCAUUUGGGACAGAGUCCGUCCGUCUGUCUGAUCGAUGAUGACUAGCUAUGUUUACCGUUUUAUUAUUUCCGUUCCUUUUAUCAAGUUUGCAGUUCGAGUUAUGUAACCCAAAAGAUGUACGCUUGCUUCAGAAGUAUUAUUGACUAGUAGUACUGUUGCUUCUUAAA